AUGACUUACUGUACGCAACUAGGACUCCUUCUCUGGAAAAACUUCACCUACCGACGGAGGCAGACACUCCAGCUGCUGGUUGAAGUAGCUUGGCCUCUCUUCAUCUUCUUCAUUCUGAUCUCUGUUCGACUUUCCUAUCCACCCUAUGAACAACAUGAAUGUCAUUUUCCAAACAAGGCAAUGCCCUCUGCCGGCACAUUGCCGUGGGUGCAAGGGAUUAUCUGCAAUGCCAAUAACCCAUGUUUCCGGUACCCGACACCAGGGGAAUCACCAGGAGUGGUUGGAAACUUCAAUAGGUCAAUAGUUUCUCGUUUGUUCUCUGAUGCACGGAAAUUGCUGCUAUACAGUCACAAAGACACCAGUGGGAAGGACUUGCACAAAUUCUUGACAAGUUUACAUAGGUUUCGGGGCACAGGCUUGAAGCUUAGGGAAUGCUUAAUGGAUAAUGAGAAAUUCACUACCUUCCUUCAACAAAACAUAAGCAUGCCUCCCAUUGUAGUGGAAGAAAUAAUGAACGCAGAUCUGAAAUUGGAACAGGUUUUGGUGUCUGGGUUUCAAAUACGAUUGAAGGAUCUGUGCAAUAGCUCCAGGCUGGCAGAAUAUGUCACCAUUCACAAUGAAGAAGUUGCAAAAUUUAGCCAAACAGUAAUCUGUGCUCUUCCAGAGGACAAGCUCAAUCUGCUGGAGCAUGAGUUCCGUUCCAACAUUGAUCUUUUGAAGCCCAUAACGAAAGAAAUGUCUUCAAGAUCUUUCCCUGUCCUGAGAGAGGUUACAGAUAACUUGCUACACAGCCUGGGCCAGCUCGCCAAAGAGGUUAUAACUAUGAAGAGCUGGGGAGAAAUGAGGCAGGAAGUCAUGUUCCUUACGAGUGGAAACUCCACAGCUUCACCAACCUCGUUAUAUCAUCAAGCGGUAUCACGUAUUGUGUGUGGACAUCCUGAAGGUGGAGGAUUGAAGAUCAAGUCCCUCAACUGGUAUGAAGACAAUAACUACAAGGCACUUUUUGGAGGCACUGAAGGAGGCGAAAAUGGCACAGAGGAAGAGUCAACAAGUGUCUACGACAAUUCUACAACACCCUAUUGUAAUGAACUGAUGAUGACACUGGAGUCCAGCCCACUUUACAGGAUGAUCUGGAGAGCACUGAAGCCUUUACUUGUCGGCAAAAUCCUAUAUACGCCAAACACUCCAGCCACACGCCUGUUAAUGUCAGAGGCCAACAAAACUUUUCAAGAGUUGGGUGUGUUUCGGGAUCUUGGAGCAAUGUGGGAGGAAGUUCGGCCACAGAUUAGAACGUUUAUAGAAAGCAGCAAGGAAAUGGAUCUUAUUAGGACUCUAUUGACCAAUAAAGGGAGCAAACAGUUCUUAGAUCGCCAACUUAAUUCAACAGGCUGGACAUCAGAGGACAUCUCUAGGUUCUUAGCCAAAGAAGUAUUAGAAGCACAGGAUGAGAGUGGAACCACUCACACUUGGAGAGAAGCUCUUAAUGAGACAGACCGUGUUGUCUUGACCAUGUCACGUUUCAUGGAGUGUGUCAACCUGGACAAGCUAGAAGCAGUGGACACUGAGGAGAUGCUUAUUGAGAAGUCCAUGGAACUUCUACAUGAGAGAAAGUUCUGGGCAGGCAUAGUCUUUGUGGACCUUCCUGAAGAUGACACAGUGUUGCCUCAGCACAUCAAGUAUAAAAUCCGCAUGGAUAUAGACAAUGUGGAAAGAACCAAUAAGAUUAAGGAUGGCUAUUGGGAUCCAGGUCCUCGUGCUGAUCCAUUUGAAGACAUGCGUUACAUCUGGGGAGGGUUUGCAUACCUGCAGGAUGUUAUUGAACAAGCCAUCAUCAGAAUACAAACUGGAACUGAGAAGAGAACAGGAGUCUAUGUCCAACAAAUGCCCUACCCGUGUUAUGUGGAUGACAUAUUUCUACGUGUUAUGAGUCGUUCACUGCCCUUGUUUAUGACCCUAGCCUGGAUCUAUUCUGUGGCUGUAAUCAUCAAGGGUAUUGUUUAUGAGAAAGAAGCUCGUCUGAAAGAAACCAUGAGAAUUAUGGGCCUUGACAGUGGAAUUCUAUGGCUGAGCUGGUUUAUUAGUAGUUUCAUUCCUCUUCUAAUGAGCGCUGCUUUGUUGGUACUGAUCUUAAAGAUGGGAAACCUGCUGCCGUAUAGUGAUCCAAGUGUGGUCUUUGUCUUCUUGUCUAUUUUCGGAGUGGUGACCAUCUCACAAUGCUUUUUGAUCAGCACCAUUUUCUCAAGGGCCAACCUAGCAGCAGCUUGUGGUGGCAUCAUCUACUUUACCCUUUACUUGCCCUAUGUUCUGUGUGUAGCUUGGCAAGACUACGUUGGAUUCACUCUCAAGAUUUUUGUAAGGCUAGCUUUUUGUCACCUGUGGCUUUUGGAUUUGGGUGUGAAGUUUUUGCCCUCUUUGAGGAGCAGGGUGUCGGGGUGCAGUGGACAAAUCUUUUGGACAGUCCUCUCCAAGAGGAUGGGUACAGUCUCACAACCUCUGGCUUCAUGAUGCUUUUCGAUACACUUUUGUAUGGAGUGAUGACUUGGUAUAUUGAAGCUGUCUUUCCAGGCCAGUAUGGAAUACCUAGAGCUUGGUACUUCCCAUUUACAAAGUCAUAUUGGUGUGGAGAGGAACCAAAGGACAACUUUCACCACCCGUCCUUACCAAAAGGACCAUCUGAAGUCUGCAUGGAAGAAGAGCCUGCUCACCUUCCGCUAGGAGUCUCCAUCCAGAACCUGGUGAAGAUUUACCGUAAUGGUAAAAAAGUGGCAGUGGAUGGCCUAUCACUGAGCUUCUAUGAAGGGCAGAUCACUUCCUUUUUAGGACACAAUGGAGCAGGAAAAACUACAACAAUGUCCAUAUUGACUGGACUGUUCCCACCAACCUCUGGCACAGCUUACAUAAUGGGAAAGGACAUUCGUACAGAGCUCAAUUCUAUCAGACAAAACUUGGGAGUUUGUCCUCAGCAUAAUGUACUCUUUGAUAUGCUCACUGUUGAAGAAACACAUCUGGUUUUAUGCACGACUGAAAGGACUCUCAGAAGAGAAGGUAAAAGCAGAAAUGGAACAGAUGGUAAUUGACGUUGGCCUUCCCAAUAAGAAAAAAUCUAAGACAAGUCAACUGUCAGGUGGAAUGCAAAGGAAGCUGUCAGUAGCCUUGGCUUUUGUGGGUGGAUCAAAGGUUGUCAUCCUUGAUGAGCCCACAGCUGGAGUUGACCCAUACUCUCGUCGAGGUAUCUGGGAGCUGCUUCUUAAAUACAGACAAGGAAGGACAAUCCUCCUGUCCACACAUCACAUGGAUGAGGCUGACAUCCUUGGUGACCGGAUUGCUAUAAUAUCCCAUGGAAAACUGUGCUGUGUUGGCUCAUCUCUUUUCCUAAAGAACCAACUGGGAACUGGCUACUACCUUACAUUAGUGAAGAGAGACACUGACUCUUCCCUUAGCUCCUGCAGGAACAGCAGCAGUACAAUGUCUUAUCUGAAAAAGGAGGACAGUGUCUCUCAGAGUAGCUCGGAUGCAGGCCUGGGUAGUGACCACGAAAGUGACACUCUUACAAUAGAUGUCUCUGCUAUUUCAAACCUCAUCAACAAACAUGUGCCAGAGGCACGUCUUGUGGAGGACAUCGGACAUGAGCUGACUUACGUCCUGCCAUAUGAAGCUGCCAAGGAAGGGGCCUUUGUGGAACUUUUUCAUGAAAUAGAUGAUCGUCUCUUUGACCUUGGAAUUUCCAGUUAUGGAAUCUCAGACACCACCCUAGAAGAGAUCUUCCUGAAAGUGGCUGAUGAUACUGGUGUGGAUGCGGAAACAUCAGAUGGCACUCUCCCUGCUAGAAGAAAGAGAUAUGCAUUUGGAGAUCAUCAAAGCUGCCUGAGACCUUUUACUGAGGAUGACAACUUUGAUACCAAUGACUCUGACAUGGACCCUGAGUCCCGGGAGACAGAUUUUCUGAGUGGCAUUGAUGGGAAAGGCUCCUACCAGAUGAAGAGCUGGAGUUUGAUGAGGCAGCAGUUCACCGCCUUACUGUGGAAGAGGUUGCUGUUUGCCAAACGCAGCAGGAAAGGCUUUUUUGCCCAGAUUGUGCUUCCAGCUGUGUUUGUACUCAUUGCACUAAUGUUCAGCCUUAUAGUGCCACCAUUUGGUAAAUACCCCAGCCUUGAGAUUCAGCCUUGGAUGUAUGAUGAACAGUAUACCUUCUUCAGUAAUGAUGCCCCCGAGGAUCCUGGUACUGAGACCCUCUUGAAAGCUUUGCUUGCAAAGCCUGGAUUUGGAACUGCAUGCAUGGAUGGUUAUUCUGUUCCGGGUGUCUCUUGCUCUGGUGAAGAUAGAGAAUGGAGAAUUCAGUUUGUCCCUCAGUCUGUAGAGGAACUUUUUACGUAUGGGAAUUGGACAAUGGAAAACCCUUCACCAGCCUGUGAGUGCAGCAAUGAGAAUGUAAAGAAGAUGCUUCCAGUGUGUCCACCUGGGGCUGGUGGGCUGCCACCCUUUCAGAAGGUACAAAACACCUCAGACAUCUUGCAGAAUCUCACAGGCAGGAACAUAUCAGAUUAUCUGGUGAAGACGUACGCACAAAUCAUUGGAAAAAGCUUAAAGAACAAGAUAUGGGUCAAUGAGUUCAGGUAUGGAGGUUUCUCCUUGGGAGCAAGCAGUUCCCCAGCACUUCCACCAAGUGAGGAAGUCCUAGCUUCCAUUAAACACAUCAAAAGACGCCUGGACCUACCACAGAAUGGGGCUGCCAACCGUUUCCUUGAUAGCUUUGGGGUCUUCAUGAAAGGACUAGAUGCAAAGGAUAAUGUAAAGGUGUGGUUUAACAACAAAGGCUGGCAUGCUAUUACCUCAUUUCUUAACGUGAUGAAUAAUGCCAUCCUGCGCUCCAAACUACCUGAAGGAAAAAAUCCUGCCAAAUAUGGAAUCACUGCUUUUAAUCAUCCUCUAAAUCUCACUAAAGAGCAACUUUCUGAGGUUGCACUGAUGACCACAUCUGUAGACGUCUUGGUUUCCAUCUGUGUCAUAUUCGCCAUGUCCUUUGUGCCAGCCAGUUUUGUGGUUUUCCUGAUCCAGGAGAGAGUGAGCAAGGCCAAGCACAUGCAGUGCAUCAGUGGAGUUAAGCCAGUUAUCUACUGGUUAGCCAACUUUGUGUGGGAUAUGUGUAACUACAUAGUGCCAGCUACACUGGUCAUUAUAAUAUUUGUUUGCUUCCAACAAGACUCUUAUGUAUCUUCUUCCAAUUUACCUGUCCUGGCCCUUUUGCUUCUACUAUAUGGAUGGUCCAUAACCCCAUUGAUGUACCCAGCUUCCUUUUUGUUCAAGAUCCCCAGUACGGCAUAUGUAGUGUUGACUAGUGUUAAUCUAUUCAUUGGAAUCAAUGGCAGCGUGGCCACAUUUGUGCUGGAACUUUUUACUAAUAAUAAACUGAACAACAUCAAUGAUAUUUUAAAGUCGGUGCUGUUGAUCUUCCCCCAUUUCUGCUUGGGAAGAGGACUUAUUGAUAUGGUGAAGAAUCAGGCCAUGGCGGAUGCUCUAGAAAGAUUUGGUGAAAACCGUUUUGUCUCUCCCAUGUCCUGGGACCUGGUUGGGAGGAAUCUCUUUGCCAUGGCUGUGGAGGGAGUGGUUUUCUUUUUCAUAACCCUGCUUAUCCAAUAUCGUUUCUUCAUAAAACCAAGACCCGUGAGUGCAAAGCUUCCCCCUGUAAUCGAUGAGGAUGAAGACGUGGCAAGGGAAAGGCAGAGAAUAAUGAAUGAGGGGGGCCGGAGCGAUAUACUGGAAAUCAAAGCACUAACUAAGAUCUAUAGAACAAAGAGAAAGCCAGCUGUUGACAGACUGUGCGUGGGAAUCCCUCCUGGAGAGUGCUUUGGCCUGCUAGGAGUUAAUGGUGCUGGUAAAACCACUACUUUCAAGAUGCUUACUGGAGAUACUGAUGUGACUGCUGGGGAAGCCUUCCUGAAGAGUCACAGCAUUCUAUCUAACAUCCAGGAAGUCCAUCAGAACAUGGGGUACUGUCCUCAGUUUGAUGCUAUUAAUGAGCUGUUGACAGGGAGAGAACACCUGGAGCUUUAUGCAUUACUGCGUGGUGUACCUGAAAAGGAGGUUUGCAAGGUUGCUGAAUGGGCAAUACGGAAGCUAGGACUAGUGAAAUACUCCGAGAAAUGUGCUGGGGGCUACAGUGGUGGGAACAGGCGUAAAUUAUCUACUGCUAUUGCUUUAAUCGGAGGACCACCAGUGGUUUUUCUAGAUGAACCAACUACAGGCAUGGAUCCUAAGGCAAGGCGCUUCUUAUGGAACUGUGCCCUAAGCAUCAUUAAAGAAGGAAGAUCAGUUGUACUCACAUCUCACAGUAUGGAAGAAUGUGAAGCUCUCUGUACAAGAAUGGCCAUAAUGGUUAAUGGAAGGUUUAGAUGUCUGGGAAGUGUACAGCAUCUCAAGAACAAGUUUGGAGAUGGGUACACAAUCAUAGUACGGAUAGGAGGUUCAAAUCCAGACCUAAAACCUGUGGAGGAUUUCUUCAGCCAUGCCUUCCCAGGGAGCGUGUUAAAGGAAAAACAUCGAGGAAUGCUGCAGUACCAACUGCGGUCCUCACAAUCUUCCUUGGCUAGGAUCUUCAGCAUCCUCUCCAAGAACAAGAAAAAACUUCACAUUGAAGAUUAUUCAGUUUCUCAGACCACUCUUGACCAAGUGUUUGUUAAUUUUGCCAAGGACCAAAGUGACGAUGAUCAUUUGAAGGACUUGUCAUUGCACAAAAACCAGACUGUUGUAGAUAUGUCUGUCCUGUCAUCAUUUCUUCAGGAUGAGAAGGUUAAAGAAAGCUACGUGUGA